GUGCCUCUCCAUGCUGGGAAGCUGUGACACACGUUGGCACCGGGUGAAACCCGUGUGGCCGGUGUCUCUGAAGGGCCCCGUGCCCCUUGCUCUCCAGGAUUUCACUGGCCACGUUGGCUUCCCGCUGGGAUUCGUGGGCUCGCUGCCGACCGUGGCAUCGCCUCUCAUCCCUGCAGCACCUUUCGCCUCCCGCUUCGUCCUCGAAACAGGCGCUCUCACCGUCAAAAAGAAACCGAAUCCUCCCGCUGAGUCCCCAGAGCCCCUUUCUUCCUUUAACCAGAAAAUCUCCGAUGGGUCCCUGGCACGGCCGAGAGUCCCGCAGCACGACCUGGAACGCAGCCUCCCAGCCAUAGCGUCCAUCAGCACCUCCUUCUCCCAGCCCCAGGGCUUCUCCCCAUACUGCUACUUCUCUCCGGAGAAGAGGAAAGCCAUCUCGGAUGUGAGAAGGACCUUCUGCCUCUUCGUCACCUUCGACCUGCUCUUCAUCUCUUUGUUGUGGAUAAUCGAGUUGAACACCAAGGAUGGCAUUCAGAAGAACUUGAAGAAUGAAAUCAUCGACUACAAAUUUAAGAGCUCUUUCUUUGAUAUAUUUGUCUUGGCUUUCUUUCGGUUUUUUGUGCUGCUGCUGGCCUACGCGAUCGUGAGGCUGCGCCACUGGUGGGUCAUAGCGGUCACUACACUGGUAUCCAGUGCCUUCCUGAUUGUGAAGGUCAUCCUCUCCGAGCUUCUGGCCAAGGGGGCUUUUGGCUAUUUACUCCCUAUCGUCUCAUUCGUCAUUGCUUGGCUAGAGACUUGGUUCCUGGAUUUCAAAGUCCUAACUCAGGAAGCAGAAGAGGAACGAUGGUACCUGCCCGCCCAGGCUGCAGCCUCUCGCGGUCCCCUGCUCUACUCCGGAGCCCUUUCCGAGGGGCAGUUCUACUCCCCACCGGAGUCCUUCGCAGGGUCGGACAACGAGUCGGACGAGGAAGGUGUGGGGAGGAAGGCGUUGACAGCUCAGGAGAAAGAGUACGUCCGGCAAGGCAAAGAUGCAAUGGAGGUUGUGGACCAAAUCCUCGCCCAGGAGGAGAACUGGAAGUUCGAGAAAAACAAUGACUUUGGUGACGUUGUUUACACUUUCGAAAUACCUUUCCAUGGCAAGACCUUUAUUUUAAAGGCUUUCCUGCAGUGCUCUGCUGAAACAGUUUACCAGGAGGUUAUUCUCCAGCCUGAGAAGAUGAUCCUGUGGAACAGAACAGUGGCAGCUUGCCAGAUUUUGCAGCGGGUUGAAGACAACACGAUCGUCUCGUACGACGUGGCAGCUGGGGCUGCCGGCGGUGUCGUUUCCCCGAGGGAUUUCGUGAACGUGCGCCGGAUCGAGCGGAGGAGAGACAGGUACAUUUCCUCAGGGAUGUCGACCACGCACAGCCUGAAGCCUCCGCUCUCCAAGUAUGUCAGGGGUGAGAACGGGCCCGGAGGAUUCAUCGUGCUGAAAUGUCCCAGCAACCCCAGGGUCUGCACGUUCAUCUGGAUUCUCAACACACAUCCCAGUUCAAACACAACCACCCCGGAGCGCGCGGGGCUGUGCCCGCACCCGGGGAACGGCACUUCGGCCGCGCGAGAUGACCCAGAUCUGGAGCUGUUUGCGGAGCUGCGUGUCGAGCCCUUGCUGGUGGCCCGGACAAAAGGGAGCCGGGCUGGGGCGGAUGCGGGGAGCGGAGCUGGUCCGUGUUCCUCCUCCGCUGAAGGUUGA